AGGUUUUCCAAGCUGUUCACGAGAAACGAAGGUACAGUCAGCAAACCGGUAAAUGAUUCAGGAAGCCGGAUAGCAGUGUAGCUGCUGGUGCCUAUAGGACUCGCCAGGGGAAGAUUAUUGGAAAUGGCCGGGGAAAUGACGGUGUUGGGUUCUGCUAUUUUGACCCUUUUACUGGCUGGAUAUCUAGCCCAACAGUAUUUACCUAUGCCCACACCAAAAGUAAUAGGGAUUGACCUUGGUACCACAUACUGUUCAGUUGGAGUGUUCCUUCCUGGUACAGGGCAGGUGAAAGUGAUUCCAGAUGAAAAUGGACACAACAGCAUUCCAAGCAUAGUGUCAUUUACUGAGAAUGAUGUGUAUGUGGGAUAUGAUGGGCUAGAAUUAGCAGAUGCAAAUCCACAGAACACUGUGUAUGAUGCCAAGAGAUUUAUAGGGAAGAUCUUCACACCAAAGGAACUUUUAAAUGAAAGCAGCAGAUAUCCAUUUAAGAUCCUUAACAACAAGGGAGCUGCUGAAUUUUCUGUUGUAACCAAUGAGACUAUUAGGGUAACCCCAGAAUAUAUUGGUUCUCAGCUUCUUUUGAAAUUGAAAAGAAUGUCAGAGGAUUAUCUUGGACUGCCGGUUUCCAAAGCAGUUAUUUCAGUGCCAGCAGAGUUUGAUGAAAGGCAGCGGAACUACACAAUUAAGGCAGCUAGCCUUGCAGGACUGGAAAUUCUGCGGGUAAUUAAUGAGCCCACUGCUGCAGCAAUGGCAUAUGGUCUUCACAAGGCUGAUGUCUCUAAUGUUAUGGUGGUAGAUCUGGGUGGAGGAACCUUGGAUGUCUCCCUGCUAAAUAAACAAGGAGGGAUGUUCCUAACUCGAGCUAUGGCAGGGAACAACAAACUUGGAGGACAGGACUUCAAUCAACGGUUGAUGCAAUACCUCUAUAAUGAAAUUCAUCACAUGUACGGCUCUCUGCCUUCUAAAAAAGAAGAAAUACAUCGACUCAGGCAGGCUGUAGAAUCUGUCAAAUUAAAUUUGACAAUUCAUACCUCUUCCACAAUCCGAAUUUCUCUUACUAUGCCAGAGAAGAAAAACCAACAUGAAAACCUGCAGGAGGAUAACAGACAUGAAAAUUACUCUCCAGAUACAGAAAUCGGCAUGAAAGAGAACGGGAAAGAUAGUUUUUCAAAAUCUCUUGAUGGCACAUGGAAAACAAUUAGCUUUGAAACAGAAAUUUCCCGGAAACUCUUUGAGACAUUAAAUGAGGACCUUUUUGAGAAAAUUCUUGUGCCCAUUGCACAGGUACUGAAGGAAGGACAUCUACACAAGACAGAAGUAGAUGAGAUUGUAUUAGUUGGAGGCUCCACCCGAAUUCCAAGAAUACGUAAAGUUAUUACAGAAUUCUUUGGAAAGAAACCCAACACUUCUGUUGAUCCAGACCUAGCUGUUGUAAUAGGGGUGGCAAUCCAAGCAGGAAUUGUUGGGGGAUCUUGGCCUCUUCAAGUUAGUGCUGUGGAAAUCCCAAACAGGCAUUUACGAAAGAUGAAUUUCAAUUGAACUUCAGUGUUCUUACACCAUUCUUUUUUUUUUUAAAUACCAUAAACUGUUUGUCCAGCUUAAUUCUAUUUGCAUGAUGCUGGAUCGUUCAGUGUACAUUAGUUCCUCCCCGUCAUUGAAGAGAUUCAUAAUCUGGAUUUAAAGAAAUUAUUCAUUUCUGCUCGAGCUACCUGAAAACAUGAGCUCAUUAUUUAAAGAAGGCCAAUGAUCAGAAGCUUCAUUCCUGAAACUUUAUUUUAUUGUCCUAUUUUAAUAAUGAACAGAACCUCAAGACUUCAUUACUUGAAUAAGGAACAAAAUAAUUUGAGAGUAAUGAUGACAAUAGUGUUGGCAUUAUAUCCUGAUAUUUUUCAGGAGUUUGUAUUGACUGGGCCUUGCCUGACAUGGAGCAGUAUUAAUAUAUAUCACAGUGAAGUUCCUCUUAAAUGGCAUUUAAAAGCACUUUUCUUAAUGUUGUGUUCAAGCCUGAAUAUGUUUUAGGUACUGUCAAUUCUGUGUCUGUGUUCAUUAACACCAGAAACUUAGGGGGACUACCACUAUUGGGCACCUCUUAAUAUCUGAUAUAAUAAGAGGCAAUGAUUCUGUAUGAUGACUUCCCAUAUAGAAGUGGGCACUAGUACCAUUGCUGAUUAUAUGACAUAAUGACCCUCUUCAGAUAUAGUACAAAACUAUUGAGUAGUGUUAUAUAAAUGAGCCUUGGGUUCAUAUGCUCCCCUUUCCUCCAGCAAGGCCAUAAGCAGAUUGAAAGUUUUUGCUUCCGUUUUCAAUUUAUUGCAGUUUAGUGUUAUGACUUAACCCUAAAAUGUGGUUAAUCCUAAUGAUCGCAUACUGAAACAUGCCAGCUUCAUAAGCUGCUGUUUGAAGUUGGCCUGUUCUAGUAAAUCACAUAUCAGCUAACCAGUUUAUGGUUUAGCAACAUAUGGAUGUCCCAUAGAUUCAUUCAAAACUUUCAUACCAGUCUGUGUGAAAAUUUAGUGUUCCAUCACAAUGCAGUAAAUAUAAGAAUUUUGCCUAAUAGCCAACUCUUAGUUUCAGGUGGGUUAAAAUUAGGCCUGUGCAAAGUACUUCAAACCGAAACUGGAGGCAGGUUAUCUUGACACUAUUGGGCGUGUUCCAAUACUAUUCCAACCAUACUGAAAGUUUGACUGCAAAGCAGCCUAUUUUUAAGCUUUAAAAAUAUGGGGGUGUUCAGAGUUUCCAGUAUGGUCAAAAUGACAUAAGAAACACGUCUGGAAAAUUGGAAGAGCUGUUUCAAAUUUGAAAUGGGACAUUUCAAGCUGAGGAUGUUUUGCAUUCGGAACAUUUUGCACAUCACUACAUAAUAAUAAUAAUGCAGAUAAACUCUAUCCACACUUUUAAGGUUUUACCAUUUGUCCAAUUCAGGGAGAAGUUUUGUAACCAUUCCAUAAAACAGACUUUGAAGGACCAAGUUUAGCCAAUGCUGUUAUAGAAAAUAGUGAAGACAAUUU